AUGUCAGAGAGUGAAUUUGAAAACUUGCCGGUUGAGGAACUUUUGGAGCACAAACUAUGGAAAGCCCGACAAUUAGGAUACUCCCAAUUGAAGGAAAUAGCUGAAAAAAGCAUUUCUGAUGAACUGAUCACACAACUUGUUAAUAACCCACAACGUCUACUGAAGAUAGUUACUGACUCCAAUGUUGCUGCCCAGGAAAUGGGUAUAUCAGCACUCACAACGAUUUUGAAACAGUCGAGGCCUGAAACUGUUUCAAGAACUAGAGAUACAGUGGUUCCGGGAUUAGUUGAAAAGGGUUUAACAUCUUCAAAGGCGAGUAGCAGGUCUGAAGCAACCGAAGCACUCUUGCUCUAUGUCGAAUUAGAUUCCGGCAAAGAAGUGAUUGAGUUGAUGCUUCCAAGUCUAAGCGCCAAAUCACCAAAACAAGUUACAGCCACUGUGAAGGCCAUAAACGAUAUAUAUUCAGCAUUUGGGUGUCCAACUAUGGAUCCCAAGUUGAUCAUCAACAGUAUACCAAAGUUAUUUGAGCACUCAGACAAGAAUGUAAGAGGGGAAGCUUCUGGCCUUUCCGUUACCAUUAGGUCAUAUAUUGGUGAUUCUUUUGACCAAACUAUAUUUCCGAAGAUAAAGCCCAUACAGCAAAAGGAUUUGAAAGCUUUAUUUGAAGAAAUAAAGUCUGGAGCUAAACCCAGUAGAAUGACUUAUUCUCAAAAGAGUGCUAAUUUAGCUGAGAAUGAUGAAGAUGUGCAGAUGACCGAAGAGUCAGUGAUUGAAAGUACGGGUGAAGCUAAGGCUGUCUUCAAUGCAUAUGAUUUUGAGGACCCUGUGGAUGUGCUGAGUCAACUCCCUACUGACUUAUCAACAAGAUUAAGAGAAUCGGUAUGGAAGGAACGUGUGGAAGUGUUAGAAGAGAUCUCUGGAUUUUUCAAAGCUCCGAAAAUACAAGACGAGGACUACUCGUAUUUCAUAUCGCUCAUGGUUGGCUGUUUAAGAGACGUCAAUUUGCAAGUCGUCACUUUGGCUUGUGGAAUAUUGCUAGACCUUGCAAAAGGGCUCAAAGCGAAUUUUCAUAAAUAUUCUUCGACUUUGGUAUCUCCCUUGCUUGAACGAACCAAAGAAAGGAAAAAAACUGUACUUGGAGCUUUAAUUGAAGUUCUUGAUACUUGUUUCAAAUAUUCCUCAUUUCACGAUAUUGUCGAUCCUACAGUGGAGUAUAUGGUGCAUAUCUCACCACAUGUCAAAGUUGAAAGCAUGCAAUAUCUAGUGCGAUGUUUAAAAGAGACCAAGGUUUUGCCUACUAAUGACGAGAUUGAGAGGAUGAUGGCUUCUGCCAUCAAGUUGUUACAAGACUCUCAAGUAACGGUAAGAAAUGCAGCAUCAGAAGUGAUCGGUACGUUGAUGAAACUAAUUGGAUCUGAGAAGUCUAGGAAAUAUCUGGAUAGAGUUGACAAACGUCAUGUUAAAAAGGUACAGCAGAUAUGUCAAUCUGCUGUCGUAAAGACAGGUCCCACAAGAGAAGGGUUUACUGUCGUGGAACAAGUCACCUCAAUAAAUGACAAAAUACCCAAUUUAGCUCAACGAGGUGUGGGAUCUAACACCUCAGAGAAUGAAAAUACAACGGCAGCUCCUUCUACAUCGAGGUCCAGCGGUAGCUCUAUACCAUCAAAGAGAGCUGCCACUUCACCAUUGAAAGAAAAUGUUGCAAACCACAAAAACACUUUGACGUCAAAACCUUUAAAGGCGUCGAAUGUGAGCAACUACGGUAUAUCAGCGCAGCAACUUCAAGAGUUGGAAUUGUUAAAGGCAGAGAAAUUUGUUUGGCUGGAAGAAAAAAAGGUGCUGCUUUCCGAUCUUGAGGAGGUGAAAAGCAAUAAUGAUAGCUUGUUGAAAAAUGUAGUCUCGCUGAACGGCAAACUCGACGAUUAUCAUGAGAAGUUCACCACGAUGAGUAUGACACUGAAGUCCAAAGACACACAGAUAUUCCGACUCAGAAGUGAUUUGGAGACCUGCCAAAUCAGAUAUUCGCAACUACAACAAAAGAACAAGGUGCUGAGUGGACAGCUGGAGCUGUCGAAUGACAAAAACACGGCAGUGGAAAGCAUCAACAAAGUGCCCGAGGACUCGAACGAUAUCAAUCGGAGAAUAUCCAUUCUCAGUAUAGGCUCGAGCACCGGCGAGGCAAAGGAAACCGAGAAAAUCCCUGUGCUGCGCAACAAUGUUUCGAUUUACAAUUUUGACGACGCCGACGAUGGGUGGAAGCGUGCCACUGCUGUCACCAACGACCUUAAGGCCAAGAUACAGCGCAUGAAGGCACGGACCCGUGUACUCGACCCAGUGGAUGACUAA